AUGCAGGAAGAGUUAGCAGAAUUUGAAAGAAACAAAGUGUGGAAACUCGUUCCGAAGCCUAAAGGCCACACUGUUGUUGGAACAAUAUGGGUGUACAAAAAGAAACUCGAUGAAUCUGGUGCAGUCAUUCAAAACAAAGCAAGUUUAGUUGCCAUGGGGUCAACAGAUCAAGGUGUGGUGGAUGAAUUUGCAUUGCUCAUGACCAAAAAGUUCCAAAUGAGCAUGAAUAGAGAGAUUAAGUUCUUUCUAGGACUCCAAGUGAAACAAGUCCCUCAAGGGAUAUUCAUUCAUCAGGAAAAAUAUACCUCUGAACUGCUAAAUAAAUACUCAAUGGAUAAUUGUUCCUCAGCCAAGGUUCCUAUGGCCUUCGGAUAUAAGAUUUUUGCAGAUCCUUCCGGAAAACCAGUGGACCAAAAAACUUAUAGAGGAAUGAUUGGUUCUUUGAUGCACCUCACCGCAAGCAGACCAAAUAUUGUUUUUGCAAUACGCUUAUGUGCCAGGUACCAAGCCGACCCCAAAGUAUCGCACUUAACCAUAGCCAAACAGAUCUCCAGAUACUUAAAAGGAAGCAAAGCUGUCAGCCUAUGGUAUCCUGCAGGGAACGACUUCAGCCUUCAAGCCUUUACAAAUGCGGAUCAUGCCGGAUGCGGAUUGGAUAGGAAAAGCACUUCCAGUGGUUGUUAA